CUUUGACCCACACGAACACAAAACAAGUACUGGAUUAUUUCUUUUGAAAGAGGACCCUAGUUCAGUCGAAAAUGGGUUUUGAUAUUCCCUCAGAAUAUGGUUACGUUAUCUUAGUUUUACCUGCUACAUGGAUCGUCCUGACUAUCUUGGCAAUGAAUGUCAUGAAGGCCAGGAAGAAAUACAAAGUUGAGUAUCCCAACUUAUACUCAAAUAAUCACAAUUUUAACUGUGUUCAAAGAGCUCAUCAGAAUACAUUGGAGAAUUUGACAUUUUUUAUCAUGUUUUUACUAGCUGGUGGACUCCAAUUUCCAAAAUUAUGUGCAGCCAGUGGAGUAUUAUAUUUAAUUAGUAGAUUAGUUUAUGCAUAUGGUUAUUAUACAGGAGACCCUGCUAAAAGAAAUUACGGUGCUUUUGGUUAUAUUGGUCUGAUGACGCUUAUUGUAUGUACUGUUAUUACUGGAUUAAAUAUGCUUGGUUGGGUGUAAAACUAGUUGUAAUGAAGAAAACCAUGACAGACCUCUACUUAUUACUCUAACAAACCAGUAGUUUAUAACAUUUAUAUCAUAUGCAUGUACUUGUUUUCAUUUAAAAAAUUAUCAACUUCUUUUUUAUCUUAUAGUUUUUUGCUCAAUUGAACUUAUAUUUCUUUAUACAACGAUAUAUUAAAAAUAUUAAACCUUAA